AUGAGCUCCAAGAGUAGGCUAGAAACACUCAAACGGCUUCAAAGAGUGCGUCAAAACAAAUCGUCAUCCAAGGAACUGUACGAAGCGGACGAGGAUCUGGACGAUUCAAAAGUGUACGAUCUUAUAGAUGAGGACGAGUUUCGCAGCCGAAAGCGUGAGGAACUGUUAAAGGAUGACUUUGUGGUGGACGACGAUGGGGUGGGCUACGUGGAUCGUGGUGUAGAUGAAUGGGACGAUCGAUAUCGUCAGAAGGAAUACUAUUCAUCCGAAGACGAAGAUGAUGGCACCAACGCGAAGUUAGGACAUCGAUCAAAUAAACGAACCAAGGGGGGUGACAAAUCAGAAAAGGGAGCCAUUUCUGCCAUGAUUACGGCACAACAACAGGUGAAAAAACCAAAAAAAACGGCUUUCCAGAAGGGAGCCUCGAAGAAGUUCGCGGCUGACGAGUUUGACGACAUUUUGUUAGAGUUCGAAAACGUCAAAGACGCUAGUGCGGCGGGAAAAAUCGCCCUGAAGCAAACGGUCGCGGCAAGUGGCUCUCCUAAUUCCACUGUCAAGAGAACAAUUGUGGCAUCGUCAAAUCAUCCUACAGUAAAAAGGCCCAAGUUUGAAAAAUCCGAAUACUCAAAUGCCACUGAUAACUCAUCCCCGCUUAGAUCUAUGAACGUGAAAUCUCAACUAGUUGACGAUACCGAAUUGCAAGCAAUGAUCGAUGAUGUUCAAAGUUCUCCAACGAUGCUCAAGACGAAAAACGUUUUGGUUGUGGAGUCAGUCGACGAUACCGGCAAGAGUGUGACCAACCACCAGCAGGAUGCGGAAGAGGAAGAAAGCGAUGAAGAGGAAAUCCAAUUCAGUAGAAGAACGAUUAGGAACGCUGCAGCUGCGAAAAGAGCUAAUUUUAAUACAAGCUCUAACGUGCCUUCCUCUCCUUUCAUGACCGCCCCGGGGACGCCGGCAGCUUCGAGCCAGUCUCGCGCCGAUGACUCUCGGCCCAGUACAUCGCACUCACUUGCUAAAAAAUACACCCGCGACGACAUCAUCGAUCCCUCAUCUAACUCCUUCAAUUUAUUUUGGAUGGAUUACGCUGAAGUAGACAAUACACUCCUGCUUUUCGGAAAAAGUGUUACACACGCGAAUGAGUCCAUAUCUGCCAUGAUACAGAUUAAGAAUCUUCACAGAGAGCUUUAUUUUUUACCAAGAGAGGGCAAAACAGCUUUAGAAAUUCAUGAUGAGAUAGUUCCUUUGCUACUAGAGAAAUAUGGACUUGACAACAUUCGAGCUAAGCCGGAGAAGAAAAAAUACGCUUUCGAGCUACCGAAUAUUCCCCAUGAAUGUGAAUACCUGAAAGUUUUGCUGCCUUACCAAACUCCUAAAAGCAAAGGCGUUAUAAUUCCUAGUGAUCUUGAGGGUGACACUUUCUUUCACGUUUUCGGCGGCAAUACCAAUAUCUUCGAAAGUUUUGUUAUUCAAAGAAAAAUUAUGGGACCCUGCUGGCUCGAAGUAAAAAAUGGGGAUUUUUCCGCCCUUUCUAAUGCAUCCAACUGUUCGUUAGAAGUCCAAAUUUCCGUUCCUUCUCUGAUCACACCAUUGGCAGACAAAAAUGCACCUAACCUAAACUGUGUCGCUAUUGCGGUACAGAGUGUUAUGAACGCAAAGGAAAAUAAGCAGGAGGUUGUUAGCAUCACUUUGUCGCACUACGAGAAUCUGCCCCAGGACGUACCUAUACCAGAGGAUUUAGCUCCAAACUCUAUAUCUACUUUGGUGCGGCCGCCGAUGGGAUCCAGCUUCCCCACUGGAUUGAUGCACCUUGGAAACAAGUCUUUGCAAGGCCAGCUAAGAUUGUUCAAUAACGAAAAGGCACUGUUGAGCUGCUUCUGCGCAAUGAUGAGGUCUUCUGAUCCUGAUGUAAUAAUCGGUCACAGACUGGAAAACACUUCUUUGGAUAUUAUUUCGCAUAGAUGCCUGGAACUGAAAAUUCCUACAUUCAGCUGCCUUGGGCGCCGUGUUAGAAAAUCGUGGCCUGAAAAAUUUGGGAGAAAUCCAAGCAUGAACCAAUUUUACAUCCGCGAUUUGUUUGCAGGCCGCUUACUCUGUGAUAUUUCAAACGAGAUGGGUCAGUCGUUGACUCCCAAAUGCCAAAGUUGGGAUUUAUCCGAAAUGUUCCAAGUUACCUGCCAAAAAGAACACAAAACGGUAGAUGUGAACUUUCAAAACCCACAAUAUCAAAGUGAUGUUAACUCGAUGGUUUUCGCUCUCCAAGAAAAUGUAUCUGCCGCUAACAUUUCCGCCGAAAUCGCAUUUAGAAUACAAAUACUGUCACUUACAAAACAAUUGACAACGCUGGCAGGAAAUGCCUGGUCUCAAACGCUUGGUGGUACUAGAGCAGGUAGAAACGAGUACAUUUUACUGCACGAGUUCGCACGUAAUAACUACAUUGUUCCCGACAAGGAGACAAGGCAAACUAGAAAUCAGCGUCAACAGAGGUUGCGCGAAGAGGCAGGAGAGGAUGCUGAAGAACUGCAAGUGAGUUCGAAAAAAAGCAAAUAUCAAGGUGGGUUGGUGUUCGAACCCGAAAAGGGUCUGCAUAAGAACUACGUUCUAGUGAUGGAUUUCAACUCUCUUUAUCCUUCCAUUAUCCAGGAAUUCAAUAUUUGCUUCACCACUGUGGACCGGGAUCCCAAUAAUAUUGAAGAGCUACCGAACGUGCCGGAUGGACAGAGCAAACAAGGCGUUCUGCCGCGGCUGCUAGCCAAUUUGGUUGAUAGAAGGAAAGAGGUUAAGAAGAUUUUAAAGGCUGAAACCGACCCUCACAAACGUGUUCAGUGUGAUAUUAGGCAACAGGCGCUAAAAUUAACAGCAAAUUCCAUGUACGGGUGCCUUGGCUACGUGAACAGUAGGUUUUACGCCAAGCCACUGGCUAUGCUGGUCACCAACAAGGGAAGGGAAAUUUUGAUGAAUACGAGACAGCUCGCGGAAAGUAUGGCACUGGCUGUAAUAUAUGGUGACACAGAUUCGGUAAUGAUUGACACAGGCUCCGAUGUCUACGCAGACGCUGUGAAAAUCGGAGAUAGUUUCAAAAGAAUGGUCAAUGAACGAUACCGAUUAUUGGAGAUCGACAUAGAUAAUGUUUUCAAGAAACUGCUGUUGCAUGCCAAGAAGAAGUACGCCGCUUUAACGGUUUCUUUUAACAAAAUGGGCAAAGAACAAACUACUCUAGAAGUGAAGGGCUUGGACAUGCGGCGUCGUGAGUUUUGCCCUCUGUCUAAAGAAGUUUCUGUUCACGUUCUAGAGACAAUUCUAUCUGACAAAGAUCCGGAGACAGCAUUAUUGGACGUGUAUGAAUAUCUUGAAGGAAUAAGGAAUCAGAUUGAUGCUAAUUCAAUUCGUGUUGACAAGUACAAAAUCAACACAAGGUUGUCAAAAGAUCCUAAAGCUUACCCCGGUGGUAAAAACAUGCCGGCUGUACAGGUGGCGCUUCGAAUGAGAGAGAAUGGACGCGUAGUGAAAGCAGGAAGUGUCAUUACCUUUGUCAUCACAAAACAGGAAGACACGAGCGAUGGUGAUGCUCAGCUUUCCCCUGCUGAGCGGGCGCGGGUACUGAACGAGGUGAUGGUGAAGAGCAAUAAUUUGCGACCCGACCCACAAUACUAUUUGGAGAAACAGAUUUUCUCGCCGGUGGAGCGAUUACUUGAGCGUAUUGAGAGUUUUGACAUCGUAAGACUCACUCAAUCUCUGGGACUUGACAGCAGGAAAUAUCUCAACCGCGCAGGGGUAAAUGGUGAGCUGAAUGGCAACAGUGGAGAUAAUUUGCAACCGCUGGAUAGUGCUCUUUCUGAUGAGGAAAGGUUCAAAGAAGUUACUUCGUUGACACUGAAGUGUCCAGGUUGCGAUCAAAAGUUUCCUUUUGGCGGAAUUGUGGCCUCGAAGUACUAUCAGAUGACUUUCAGUGGGUUGCAAUGUGCUCGUUGCAACCACCAAUUUUCACCUAUCCAGCUAAGUUCACAAUUCGAAAGUGACAUCCGCAUGCACAUUUCGAGGUACUACACAGGCUACUUGAAGUGCGACGAUAGCACUUGCGGAGUAGUUACGCGACAGAUCUCGGUUUUCGGUAAAAGGUGUUUGAACGAGGAUUGCAUGGGAGUUAUGGGUUAUUGUUACACAGACAAACAACUAUACAACCAGCUCCACUACUUUGCUUCGCUUUUCAACGUUGACAAAAACAAGAGAGAGUUGUUAAAGCCACUUUACCGACCAGACGACCCGGAAGCAGCCGAGAAGAAAAUACCUACAUCACAGGUCCUAGCGCUGGGCGAGCAAAACCGAGAAUUGUUCCAAACAAUGGAGUCCGUGGUUCAAAAAUACUUGAGCAACUGCGCACGUAGUUUUGUUGACAUGGGCUCAAUCUUUGACUUUAUGAACCCUGAGUGA